GUUUACACGUUACGCCUUUAUCGUUCAGUUUGGUUGAGGGCUUCCUCCUCCUCCACAUCUAAACCGAUCGAGCCCUCUUGAAGCAAAGGGACCUAAGCAUUCUAAGACACGCAAAGGAUCUAAAGUUAACCUCACGCCUUUCAUGACAACAAGCGCUAACUAGCCGCUGCUUUUCUGGUCUGACAUCCACUGCACGCGUGCCCCUGUCAUUCGUUUUGGACUUCUCAAAGCGGACUUGAAGACUCUGAAGGAGUAAGCCACUAAGGUAGCAACUUAGUUUAAAGGCAUUAAACGAUGGAUAGGACGGAGCUUAUUCAGAAGGCCAAGCUGGCUGAGCAGGCAGAGCGCUACGACGACAUGGCUGCAUCCAUGAAAGAGGUGACGGAGCAGGGAGUAGAACUGUCGAACGAGGAGAGAAAUCUGCUCUCUGUUGCCUACAAGAACGUUGUCGGCGCGCGGAGAUCGGCCUGGAGGGUAAUUUCUAGCAUCGAACAGAAGACCGAGGGCAACGACAAGAAGCUACAGAUGGUGAAGGAAUACCGGGAGAAGGUGGAAUCAGAGCUGAGAGAUAUUUGCAAUGAUGUGCUGGAGCUUUUGAACAAACAUUUGAUUGAGAAAUCCACAAACCCUGAGAGUAAAGUCUUCUAUUUGAAGAUGAAGGGUGACUAUUACAGAUAUCUUGCUGAAGUUGCCGCAGGAGAUGACAAAAAGGAGACGAUAACCAACUCGCAGGGCGCCUACCAGGAGGCCUUUGACAUCAGCAAGAGCGACAUGCAGCCCACACACCCCAUCCGCCUGGGCUUGGCCCUCAACUUCUCAGUGUUCUACUAUGAGAUCCUCAACUCCCCAGAACAGGCCUGCUCCCUGGCCAAGCAGGCAUUUGAUGAAGCCAUCGCUGAGCUCGACACGCUGAACGAAGAUUCCUACAAAGACAGCACACUUAUCAUGCAGCUACUGAGAGACAACCUCACAUUAUGGACCUCUGACAACGCUGCUGAUGAAGGCGAAGGAGGAGACGGGGGCGAGAAUUAGGAGAAUGUGACGCCUCUCCACAAAAACAAGGAAAAAUAA